CGUCUUGGUCGAGUAAGCGAUCUGCAGGAAGUAAACAAACAUGGCUGUCUGUGUAUCUGUCAUCGGGAAGGAGAACAGUCCCCUGUACAUAUGGGUAGGCAACGGAAAGGAAGAACUGCACCUCCACUACUUAGCCCACACUGCACUAGACGUCAUACAAGAGAAAGUGUCUGCAGUUAACAAGACUCCAGGGGACACAAGGGAGUUGUACUUGGGUCUCCUCUAUGCAUCAGAAGAGUACAAAGUUUUUGGCUACACAACCAACACAAGGAUCAAGUUUGUCAUCAUCACUGAUGCAGCCAACACCACACUCAGAGAUAAUGAGAUUAGAAUGAUGUUCCGCCGACUACAUAACAUGUACACCAAUGUUGUCUGUAACCCCUUCUAUGUUCCUGGUGAGCAGAUCACAUCAAGAGAGUUUGAUAAAGGAGUGGGAGCCUUAGUAGCUGGGAAUUAAGUAAAUCUUUUUGGCAUAAGAAGAAUGAAUGAGUGGAAAAUGUUUUGGCCGAGCAGACAUAGAUACCGCAUUAUGUGUUCUGUUGAAAAGUGUCGCACUGUGUUAUUUUGUUGAAUGACUUAUUUCCUCUAGAGUAACACGCGUAAUGGAAAUGAUGAUUUAUAUCAGUUUGAUAUUCAUCUGAGUGUCCUUUUAAAAAGAAAAUGUUUAAGGUUAGAGUUAUUGCUCUUUAUUAAUUUUAUUCCAGUUGUUUACAUAAGGUAUAAGAAUAAGUAGGAGAUAAUGGAAGUUCUGUUUAUAUUUAUCAUAUUUCAUUUUUACAAAUUUGGAUGCUGUCAUGAAAGAAAGUAUUUUUCAUAUUUUAUUGAAAGAAAUUAUAAAUUUGUUGUUCAGUGUUAGUAUUAACACAUUUAUUAUAUCAGUUUUUUUUUUCCCACGUCAAUUGCCCCACUCCAAAAGAGAAUUUUAUAAUACAUAUAUCCCAUUACAGCAUCCAUAAGUCUGGUAUUAGUUAAGUAAUGAUGUAUACAAUUUUUGUGAAGAGUUUGAGAAGACAUCCAUAGGAACAUCAGAAUAUCAUUAACUUCUUUUCACUUGCAUAUACAAAUUAUAUACAGUGUUUCCAAGAGAAUCUUUUAAUCAACUGGCAAUGGAUAACAUCUGGCAAAUAGUCACCAGUGAAGGUUGACAUCAUAUCAUGUCAUGAGUCUGUGCCCCUCUCACCAGGAAGACAUCUCGCUUGCACUACAAGAUGGACAGUCACACAGGCAUGGAACUGUGCACACCAUUGAAUGCCCUUUCCAUCUACUAAAAAAUUUGCCUGUCAUUAUUGGUUUAAAGCUCAUUGGAGAGAACUGCAUAUAUGUAAGGUUAUUAGAAUUAAUUACAUAUAUGUGGGGAAGCAGUUGUUAGUUCAGUCGGAAACAUACAAUACACUUUUAAGUUACUGUAUAUUGUUGACCAUCCAGCUUGAAACGGUUGAUAUCCAGUGAUCAGUGUUUAUAAUGAGAAUGAGUUAUUUCUGAGAGGAAAAUGUAAGAUACUUAUCACUCCCUCUAAUGGUAAUUAAUUAUCUGUUACCUAUAUAAAUUCAUUUUUCAAGGUGAUCUUUUUGAAGCCAGAGGCUGUUGCAUUGUAUGUCUGAGAAUGAACAGGAAUAACAAUAAUUUGGGUGAAGAACAGGUCAUGAUUGAUGGGGUGCUAAAAGAUGUAUGAGGCAGAGAGAGCCAUAACUGGUAAAUUAGGCACCAAAAUUAUCAAGACCAAACACAAGUUGAAUCGUUGAAACUAUAUGCAACAAACAGUGUCCUGAGUUUCUUGAGAUAUGUUGUUUAAACCCAAGUAAAAUUAUAAAGUUAAAUAUAUACUGUUUCUGUGUUGGUGCUAGCUUUUACAUGUCAUGUUUUCUAAUGUGUGUUGCUGGGGCCAGACAGAGAUUACUGCUAAAGUUUAAGUCUUGCUGUGUAUCUUAAAGAAGCUUAGUAGUUGAAGUUACAGAAUGAUAAUUAUAUGAUGAAACUGUUUUGUAAUACAUUUUCUUAGUCAUCUUUAUGCUUUUGUUUUGAUAGGAGCAGUUGUGUUCAGUAGAAGAAAUCUCUGUACAUAAUUAAAUAUAUUUAUCUAAUUUAGAAUAAGUAAAGAAAUAUAUUUACCUUAUUUAGAAUGGUGAGUUGCAGGUGUAUACAUUUCUCAAUCCAUUUACAAGCCAAUAUGAAAAAUAAAAUGUUGAAACUUAC